GUUUGACACUUUUGGCAGAAAUCAGAUGUUAUUAAAAACAUUACCGCCAGUUAAUUUAAAGGGAAUCAUUAUUUAUAUUAUCGAUAUUUAUUAAUUGAUACGAAAAUGGAUCUACUUGGUUCGAUAUUGAGUUCCAUGGAUAAACCUCCCACUAUGUCUGAUCGGGAUAGAGAAAUGAAAAAAAAGAAGAAAGAAUUUUUCGAAAAACACCAAGCUGCUGAAAAAGAUAGGUUGCAGAGGUUCAAGGAGAGACUAGAAGAAAAAAUAUUGAAACAUUUCGAGGAUAAAAAUAAUACUACACUCAAGUUUGAUCCGAUGGAUGCUAUUCAGAGAAGUAUUGUACAUGAAAUUGCGGAAAAUCAAAAUUUAUUAGCUUAUGCGUUUGGCGAAGAUGGUGUAGAUAGGUACAUGAGGUUAUAUCGUAAGGACCAUCCUCCAUGUGAAGAUGAACUAGCAGCAAGACGUCGAGGGGAACCUUGGAAUGAAGAAAUAAAACAACAGUUACUCAAACAGAGACAGGUUGAGCAAAGUGAAACUACAGACUCACAUAACUCUAGGAAGAGAAAACAGAAAUUCAUCCCCAACAGUAAUUAUAAGGAUAAAUAUGCCCAUAUAAUUGGUCAGGAAGCAGCCCUUGAAGGUGCAAAAAAUGUGGGGGCUAAUAAAUCCUAUGGAUUCGUGCCAAGCGAAAACAAAAAAGAUGUAAGGUCUAUAGAACAAGCGAUGGCUGACAUAAGGGCAAAAAAGAAACAGAAAUUGGAUUGUGACAAAGUACUUGAUGACUGUUGAUGAAUAACAAUAUUAUAAUGUAGACAAUUUUUGUUGUUGAUUUCUUAUUUUCGAUUAUUGCAAGGCAUUGAUUGGAAAAUGCAAUAAGACUUAGAAGUGUUUGAAUAUAUAAUUUAUUUGAA